UGAUAGCUGAUAACCGCAAUAAAUUAGCCGUUCCUUCAAGCUUAGUUAUCGCUAAAACCUCAGAAUAAAUCUUACACAAGUUAAUUGUUAAUAAAAAUUGCAAACCACCAAUUAAAAAUAUUUUUAAGGCUAACCUUUAGUAUUCAAUAUGUUAUUGUUAAGUGAUUUCAUGAAUAAUUGCAAAAAUUAAAUAUUAAAAAUAUAAUAAAGGUAAAAAAUAUAAUCUUUAAGAAGUUAAAUAACCUGUGUGCCAGUAUUAGUGAAAUUAUUUAAGAUUUUAGUGAGCAAAAUACUAUUACUACAACAAUACUACUAAGGAUAUGCCAAAAUAUUAGCGCGGGCACUCAGCGUUCGCGAAAGCUGUUUAAGAUGAAUACGAGCUGAAGGCAGUUUAGGGCCUCAAUUGAGGAUAAGGCGGUUAAAAGCUAGAAACAGCAACAAAAUGAUUGUGAUUUUGAGAGAAGUGUAACAAAUUUCGUAACAAAACUCAAUGCGCUAACCUCACUGAAGCAAUAAUCCAUACAAACGUAGCGCUCGCACAAUCUACGAAUACGCAUACGCUGUAUGCAACGGCCAGUGACUUACAAAAAUCCCGCGCUGCGACAGCGUUUCCAAGACGUACGCUACAACAACGACAAGCACAACGACGACUGCACGCAGCAGACGCUUCUCACAUGACGCGCCGACGCUGCGCACUGCGCAGCCACACCAUGGGAACUCGCAACCGAGUUAGUGGCGGAAGCAGAAAUUUGCCAAGUGCAACGCGACGACAGACCUUCGCUAACAUGAUCACUAUAACGACAAUGUUGAUAUUACUACUUCCCUUACACAUAACAAUAGCAGCAACUUCCAGCCAAGGGAGCGUCGUUAUUCAGCAGCGCGAGGGCACGCACGCAUCAGCAGCAGCUGGCACUAACACCGCUGGCGCAAAGGACGCGCUGCAACUGCAUUCAAAUGUAGCUCAUAAAUCAAAUGUAAUUAGUGCAGAAAAUAAGAUGUCAGCCUGGGAAGCGCGCGCAACUGAGUUGUUAAGAGCAACGCAACUGAAUUACAGUAAUGACGCCAGCGCUGAUGGGGGCGCGUUGGCGCACGAAGGUGGUAUUGUGAGCAAAAGGCGCGCGCUUAAGCAGGAAAUGAGCACAGCUGCGAUAAAUUACCGCGUUGAGCAAUUAACGCGUAAUGCUAGCGAAAUGCGACCGCAGAAGCAAAAGUUGCAAACAUUUUUAACCGCGUCACUGCGGCGGCCAACCACGCCAACUGUGCGAAACUUUACAACUGCGCGCCACCGCGUCCCCAGCAAAGUGCUGCCAAUGUCAUCAACAACUGGCAAUAAUAAACUUGUAACAACGAAUUAUAUGGCGGCGAACAACAGCUACACUAAUGGCGGCAGCAGCAACAAACACAAUGCUAGUGCAACUAAGUGGCGUCAAGCAAUUGAUGUGCGACCUUUGGGGAAGCGGCAUCAAGCGGAAAUUGAGCGCAUAGAGCAGCGCACAAAAUCUACUCAACCACAACAAUCAGCAGAAAGGGAACAACAGCAACAAACACCAAUAAUUGGCAGUACAAAGUACAUAAAUGGCAAUGAAAAAGAGUUAGAGGGAAAGACGCUGAGCGGGCGUAUUGAAGGAAGCGCGCAAAGCAACAAACAAAUGGAAUUCCUUACAACACAAACAACAACUGCAACUAAAACAGCACAGGUGAGCAGGCUAAGCGCACAGAUUGGCCUUGGGAAUAGCGGCACUGCUGCGCCAGCUAAUCGGCACGCUGAUGACCAACUUUCUGCUGAGCACGAUGAUGGCGUUGAUUAUAGUGUGGACGAUGACGCUGUAAUUACCUCAGCCGACAAGGUAACCAAUAAACGCGACACACAAAUGUUGCAAUUUGUUAUGCCGGCAACUCGCAUGCCAACAGCAGCAACAAUGCGUGCAGUAGACCCAACUGCAGAUAUAGUUCUGACGGGCGCCGAGCAUGCGAGGGCGAAUUCAGUCAAAAGCAAAAUAAAUAACACAAAUUCCAGAAAUUUCACUUCAACGCAAUUUCAAAGCGACCACAGCGAUGCGACGAGUGCGCAAAGCAUUGCGGUGGUGGCAACGAGGACAGCGUUUGUCUCGCAAACAACUGCGGAUUAUCCAGCUAAAAGUGACUUUAGAACUGACAGCGUGCCAACUCAGCUGUUGCAGACGACUCCGCGUGGGAAUGGACCGCAUGCCAUUCAAUCUCAGAACCCGCUAGCUGAACAGUUGCCAAAUGAGCUGAAUGCUAAGAGCGAAGGCGGCGAAGUGCGGCGCGGAGAGGAUAAUAACAACACUGAAAGGCGCUUAACGCCGCUGACGGAUUUAAAUGUAAAGCUGAAUUUUAUCAAUAAAAAUGCAAAGUCAUUGAAAUGCGAUAAGCAGAUAAAGAAUGAUUCGACAACCAUGACAAUUGAAUCGAUGACAGGACAUGAGCAAGCAAAACAUGAGCGCGCAACGCAAAACGAUGCCAGCAAAGAGGCUGCAGAAGCACAGCAAGCACUGAAAACUACCCAGGAGGAUUGUAAACUAACAAAAUACUCUAAGCGAUUAGGGGCCAUUGUGCAAGGUGAGCAACAAGCGCAAUACCAACAACGGCGGCAACCGCAAAAGUCAUUCAGUGAAAGCCAACUGACGCGGCAGCAAAGGUACUUAGGGCAAGCCAUGUACUUAGUACGCCCACAACAGCAAGCGCAAGGCUUAAAUGUACACACGGAGCAGCUGCAACAACAAAGCGAGCACUUAGAAACGAAAAGCGACUUCUUGGCAGAGCUGACAGGACAACAAAAAACGAAGGAGGUGGAAGAGCGAAACACUGUAGUUGGACCUAAAAGCUUUAGUCAAGCGGAAGCGCUAUUGAAUACGGAAGUCGCACAAAUGGAAAGCGGCAAAUUUGCGGAGAAGCUAAAUAAAGUGUAUUCUAUUUUACACGAGGCUCCAGCGCUGAGCGAAGUGGGAGCAAAAAACAAGCAGUUUGGCAGUCAUAAGCAAGAAGCCGCAAGUAGAGCAAAACUUCUUACAGAUGCAGCACAAGACUCAAACACAGCAAACGAGCACAGCAAGUUAGGCGAGCUGCAGCUGGAAGUAGCGUGCAAUGAGACAUCUGCAAAGCGAAGGAAUUUACAAUCCCAGCUUUCAGCAACGCGCGUCGAGAAGUGGGAAUCCACAAGUGUAAACGAACCCAUCACGGUCGCAACAGGCAACCUUGUGGAAAGUAAAAAUAGUGGCGCUAAAAGCGCCAAAAUAUUUAUAACUUCAACUGGCGGUACAAUGCCAAAGAAAAUUGCACAGCUUCAAGUCGACAAGUCAACAGCGGAGGCCAACUCAUGGCAGCAAACAGAGACUGAGCAAAUGAUAGCCGAUAGCGUGGCUAAACAAGCAGCAAGUACAAGCAAAAAUGCAACGUACGGCGAACCGAGUGAAGGACAAAUGCCUGAGGAACAGCAGCGCGCCUUGAAGUAUGCAAACAAUCGAGACAACAGUGCGACAGUGGUUGCCCUGAAUGGAUGGCCGCCGGUUGAGUGGAAUAAAGUACCGACAGCAAUGCGGCUUGCUGGACUAGAGGGCAAACAAGCAGAGCAGCAGCCAAUUGAUGCGCAACAAGACGUGGAUGUCAGCAACGCUGACUUUAAUGGACAACGUCAAGCAAAUAAAUCUAGAGUAAUGGCUGGUAUACAGCUCUUACAUAUGACAAAUAUCACGUCAAAUGCCACAAGAGACGCGCACGUUGCUGAAAACCGACGUGAGGUGCAUAACGGCACGAAUCUGCUGUUGUCUAAGGAAAUGGUGGAAAGAGUAGAUGUGAGACAGCGAUUGAUGUCGGAUAAACAUGGCGUUGACACAGAAGAAAUGCCAGCUUUUGAAAUAUCAAUACACAAUAGUUUGAGUAAUAGGGAAAUUGAAGCAACACUGGCGCACAAAUCACAUGCUGCCUCAGGGCGAAACGGUGAAAAUAUGUCAGAGGAAGAGAACGCCGAGCCAGCAAUGUUGAACCUUACAAAAGCCCAGCGAAGCGCGUCAACGUCAACAACAGAGAAAUCUGCACAAAUGGAAGUGGCACAAGAGCCGACAACUGCAGCAACUAAACCAGAUAAUUGCGAGCAGUCAGCGCAUAAUGGCAAUGAACCGCCAUUUGAUGAGUUAAAAGCAGACAGAGCAAACGAAGGCGCGCAGCAGACUGUAAGCGCGGAAGGGAUUGACAACGAUUAUUUAGCACGCCUGAAUGGUGCGCAGGCUAAGGCUGAGCAACAACAGAGCAAAUCAAUUUUGCCCCUGCCACACACUGACAAUGGUGGGCUGAGCGCUGAGGGUGAGACCAUUGCGGAGUGGCAGCAGCAGCACAAUCUCUUAACGGCUUACAUACGUCGGCCCGACAUGCGAACGGGUGAAGCGCUGAAGCUGAAUGACACGCUAUUGACAGCGGAUGGAAAAGCGAUUGUGGAGGCAGAAAGUGAGUGGAAUGCAGGCGAAAAAUCGAUAAUACUGGAACCGUUUAAAAGCAGCACGCCAGCCACAAAGCCAAUGGAAACAAUGAGCCCGCGCCCAGCGCACGUCGCGGAAAACACAAUGGAGAACAAAUUCAACGCCAACGAUUGGCGCGAAAAGGUAACAGCAGAUGGAAAUUUUGAAGCCAGUCAAAAUGAAAAGACCAACGCUCAGGCCGCGCAAAUGGAAAGGGCUGAGCUGCCAAGAGAGCGCGAUUAUAAAGCCGUUAAUUUGACAGCGGUGGAUGGGCACGAAUAUGGCGUUACUGGUGCAACAUUUUCCAAUCAAACAGGAGAUAAUUCCGGCGCAGGUUUUCACGCUCUGAAUAGUGAUGCUAUCAGCAACACCACAGCGCACACACCCACACACAAAACGUAUGUUGAUGUCAAUGAAGAGGAAGCACACUACGUCACAACUGCUAAGCAAAUAUUGGAAAGGACUACAACAGCAUGGACGACACCUGAAGAUAUGCAAUGGCAUGAUGCAGAGCUAACUGUUGGCACAACCGACUCAAUUUCAACUGCUACAAUGCGGGCUGUCAUGCCGCCGCUAAUAUCCGUGAAUACAACACCAAAAACUACAGCAAGUAAUGCCACGGCAACGACAAUACCAACAGCAGUGGUGUCCGAUGCAAUGUACACCAAAGUGCCAGUGCAAUCAGUGAUGCGAGCGGCGAUAGCGGCAAAUGUGACGAUAAACGACAUGCCGACCACGACGACGGACACUUCAUUCUUUGUAUUGCCCAAUUUCGCAGCCCUCACCACGGCAACGAGUACUGCAACGGAGUAUGCACUGUUUUCUACAACACCAGCGUUGAUUACUCCCACAAUUGGUGCUACUGCCACACCGGGCGGCGCUGCUUGGCCCGUCAAACACGCUUCGGUUAUGGAGGGCGACGUCAUACUCGGCGGCCUUAUGAUGGUCCACUCACGCGAGGACAGCAUCACUUGUGGCCCUAUCAUGCCCCAAGGUGGCAUACAAGCACUCGAGGCCAUGCUCUACACGCUCGACCAGGUGAAUAAACAGCAAUUGUUGCCGAAUGUAACGUUGGGCGCACACAUACUGGACGAUUGCGAUAAGGACACGUAUGGGCUGGAGAUGGCGGUUGAUUUCAUUAAAGGUUCCAUUAGCAAUAUUGACGAUGCCGAGUACCACUGCAACAAGACGCAGGUGCGGAAGGUAAUUUCCGGCGUAGUUGGCGCUGCCUCUUCCGUAACAUCCAUACAAGUGGCGAACUUGCUUCGCCUGUUUCGUAUACCACAGGUUUCUUUCUUCUCGACCAGUCCGGAAUUGAGCAACAAGCAGCGCUUCGAAUAUUUCUCGCGCACGAUACCCUCCGAUCACUACCAGGUCAAGGCGAUGGUGGAGAUCGUCAAACGCAUGGGCUGGAGUUACGUCUCAAUUAUAUACGAAGAGAGCAACUAUGGCAUAAAAGCCUUUGAGGAGCUGGAAGAGCUGCUGGCACGUCACAACAUCUGCAUCGCUGUCAAGGAGAAGCUCGUCAAGGACUCCGGCGUCGCCGAGGAGAUCGCCUACGAUAAUAUUGUGCAGAAGUUGCUGACAAAGCCACGUGCCAGAGGUGCCAUUAUAUUCGGCUCGGAUCAGGAAGUGCGUGAGGUGAUGCGCGCGGUGCGGCGCAACAAUGCGACUGGUGCCUUCUCGUGGAUUGGCUCGGACGGUUGGAGUGCGCGCAACCUGGUAUCCGACGGCAAUGAGCCGGAGGUUGAGGGCACCUUGUCCGUGCAGCCACAAGCGAAUCCUGUGAAAGGUUUCGAGGAAUACUUUCUAAACUUAACGGUGGAAAACAAUCAGCGAAAUCCAUGGUUUGUAGAAUUCUGGGAGGAUCACUUCCAAUGCCGUUAUCCCGACAGUCUGAGUACACCAUACAACAAUUACAAUCGCACUUGUACUACCAAAGAGCGCCUCUCCAAGAACACAGACUUCGAAGAUCAGCUGCAGUUCGUGAGCGAUGCGGUGAUGGCAUUUGCAUACGCGCUACGCGACAUGCAUCGCGACCUCUGCGGCGGCCGACCCUCGCUUUGCGAUGCCAUGAGACCCACCAAAGGUGCCGACUUACUCAAAUACUUGCGCAAAGUGCAGUUUCAGGGCCUCAGCGGUGAUCACUUUCGCUUCGAUGGCAAUGGCGAUGGUCCAGCGCGUUACAAUAUCAUUCAUUUCAAGCAGUCAGCGGAGGGCCUCUACCACUGGGUCAAAGUAGGUGAAUACUACGAGGGUGAACUACGCCUGAAUAUGACAGAGGUCCAAUUUAAGCUGUUGCAUCCGAAGCCACCUGAGUCCGUCUGCAGCUUGCCCUGCGAACGCGGACAGGCCAAGAAGUAUGUGGAGGGCGAGAGCUGCUGCUGGCAUUGCUUCAAUUGUUCAACCUAUCAAAUACGCCAUCCCAUCGAUGAGACACAGUGCCUAACGUGCCAAUUGGGCACUUUGCCCGAUGCCAGCAAGCAGUUCUGCCAGACAAUACCGGAAGUCUACUUGCGGCCCGAAUCAGCUUGGGCGAUUGGCGCGAUGGCCUUCAGUGCCACCGGCAUUUUGGUCACGCUCUUUGUUGUUGGCGUGUUUGUGCGCCAUAACGACACGCCCAUUGUGCGCGCCUCUGGCCGGGAGCUCAGCUACAUACUACUCGCUGGCAUAUUAAUGUGUUAUGCCGUUACAUUUGCUUUGGUGUUGAAGCCUACGAAUAUAGUGUGCGCCAUACAACGCUUCAGCGUCGGCUUCUGCUUCACCGUUGUCUACGCCGCGCUGCUCACCAAAACCAACCGCAUAGCGCGUAUCUUCAAAGCGGGCAAACAAUCAGCGAAACGACCUUCGUUCAUAAGUCCCAAGUCACAAUUGGUUAUCUGCUCGUUCCUAAUUUUCAUACAAAUUCUCAUUAAUGGCGUUUGGAUGGUGAUUGCACCGUCGCAUGCCAUGUACCAUCAUCCGACACGCGAGGAUAACUUGCUCGUCUGCGAUUCGUACAUCGACGCUUCCUACAUGAUCGCAUUCUUCUAUCCCAUCGUUCUGAUUGUAGUCUGUACGGUGUACGCGGUGCUGACGCGCAAAAUACCAGAGGCAUUUAACGAGUCCAAACAUAUCGGAUUCACCAUGUACACCACUUGCGUCAUCUGGCUGGCGUUUGUGCCGCUUUACUUCGGCACCGCCAAUCAUGUGCCGCUGAGGAUAACAUCGAUGUCGGUGACGAUAAGUUUGUCGGCGAGCGUCACGGUGGCGUGUUUGUUCUCACCAAAGCUGUACAUAAUACUUAUAAGGCCCGAACGCAACGUGCGGCAGAGCAUGAUGCCGCCGCGCUAUGGAAACAUGCACCGCGCGGGCACCGGACCGUCUUCCAUGAUGGCGGCCGCCGUGGUGACAGCCGCUACAUGUGCGCAAGAGGAGAAAAUACAAAAGCAUAUCACACCAACUAAUACAGAGCACAGCACCAAGGCGAAGAAGCUCUGCGAGAUGGCAACACAGACCAUCACAAUAACGAAUAUCUUCACCAAUUUGGACAGCAUCGCCUACAGUCAGAUCCCCUAUGCGGAUCAGUAUGUGCCAAACAACAAUCAUCAGCAACAGCAUGAGCAACAAAGCCAACAAUCAUUACACCACCACCCACUAGCCGCCAACAGCGAAGCUGAAGUGGUAGCGAAUAAUAAUAAAAUCAAUCAAUUGCAACAUGGCAACCCUAGCGCGCUGGCGCACCCCACAAACACCGCCACCGCUGCAGCGACUACAACCAGCACAGCGGCCACGUCGGCCACAGCAGUUGCGGCCAUUAGCACAGCCGCAUCGCCACCAACUUUGCAUGCGCUAAGCAACCAUGUGAUGUUGCAGCAACAUAUUGCGCUGCACAACUGCAGCGAUAGUGCGACUAUGUGCAGUGAUAGCGGUCGACCACAACUGGAGACAACGAAUUUAUAGCCCAAAGCGCCGCUAACCAAUGCUGUCAGCGCUGGCGCUGCAUUAGCAACCGCAAAAGCCAUCGAACAGUGUAAUGCUGCGAACACAUUGAAAGCACAUGGCAUGAAUUAUGUGCUGCAGCAAGAAAUCGCCUGUGAUAGCUGUGCCGCACCGCCAGCACAAGCCAAGGCCGGUGAGUGUAAUAAGCACAACAACAACAAUGCCGACAAUCACGCUGCUACUCAACACACGCUCAGCAAUAACAACGGCAGCGGCAACGUGGAUGGAGACGGCGCAGCAGACCGCACCACUGCCACCAGCAGCAACACAGCCAGCAAUUGCAGCAGCAGCAGCAGCAACAGCAAUAGCAGCAGCAAUGGCGGCAACGGCAGCACGCGGACCGGCAGCAAAAAGCGCUGCGCCAUACCCGUGUGAGAGUGCGCGCCCUGGCCCUAGGCGUGCAACAUUGGCAGCGCAAUAAAUUGCUGAAUUGCUGCCACUAGAGGAUUGCUAAAUAUAUUUGUAACUGUAAGUAAGUACCAAAAAAUAGUUUAAGCCAAACAUAUUUCUUUUCAAAGAGUUCAUAACUGACUGCUUAUGAUUUAAGUUUAAGGGUUUUUGUGGGUAGCGGCUCUUGCAAAGGCAUAGGGAGGCACAGAGGGUUUAUACUUUAGCGGUUCCAAUGAAAUUACAAUGAAUUUAGCUAGUUAAGAUGUGCUAUUAGUAUAUUAAGUUAGUUGAAAUUGUAAAUAAGCAAGUUAGUAUACUACUAUAUAGUAAUUAUAAGAGUAUGGCAGUGUUUUAUACUAGCAGGUUUGGUGCAAAACUAUUUGGUUACAGAGUUAUGAGGAAAAAUUAGAGUGAGUUCAAGGUUAUAAGAAAUAUAAUCGUCAUUUAUUAUUAAAGUUCCAUAACUAAAAAAUUUGUAACUUGUUAUUUUGUUCUAAUUAAGCGGUUGAGAAUUGGAACUGCUAACAGCUGUUCGCACGAAAUGUGCGCGAGACGCCUAAAACUAUGUUUGUUGGCGCACCGCUGUGGCCUCAACAGCUUAUUUUCACUUACUCUACUACCUUUCUCUUCAAGUAUCUAACUCUUUUGCUUUUAUUAGAUUUUUUCUCAACGAUUUCUCAACUCUAGUUUAUAAAUUUCAUGUUAUUUUAUUAUUUUUUGUUAUUCUUUUUUACAAAUUUAGUAAAAAUACUAAUCAUAGUUAAGAUGGCGCUAACAUGUGAUAUUAUUUAGAACCAAAUAUUAAGUAUUGAGGCCAAAUGUAUCAAUGUAUGUACAUAUGUUAAGAAACAUAGUUUUAAGCCUUUAUUAUUAAGUUAGUUAAGUUCACGGCGCAAACCUAAUUUAUAGUUAAUUUUUAAAUAAAAAAAACGCGAUUUUGUUACAAAAGGGAUAGCAACUAGUAUAAGUAAAUAAAAGAUAAUAGAUUUUAUAAAUCAUGUACACUACAAUAACAAUAUUAUCCCUUCUGCAACCUAAUCAAACGCUCUAUUGCUUGGCCAAGUGCUUACGUGUCACCUGUGCGCAGUAGAGGCAACUAAAUUUAUUACGUUGUUUGAGCCCAGCAACAUAAUGAAUUCAUUUGCAAAUAAACUCAACGUUAAUGGAAGCCAAAAUAGUUUAGUUUUUCUCAGACUGAAGCACGCUUUUAUUUGUUAUAAAAUAGUUUAGUUUUUCUCAGUCGCAAAGCAGAGCUUUCACAUACGAAAGCUUUCAUAUACGAAAGCUCGUUGAAAUGCCUAGAACUGAAGCACGCCUUUAUUUCUUAUAAAGUAGUUUAGUCUUUCUCAGUCGCAAAGCAAAGAUCAUGUAUAACAGCAGAGCUUUUACAUACGAAAGCUCGUUAAAACUCGCUCGUUUCUUUUCUUAUAAAAUAGUUUAGUCUUUUCAGUCGCAAAGCAGAGCUUUCUCAUACGAAAGCUUUCAUAUACGAAAACCCGUUGAAACGCCUAGAGCUGAAGCACGCUUUUAUUUCUUACAAAGUAGUUUAGUUUUUUUCAGUCGUAAAGUAAAGCUCAUGUAUAACAGCAGAGCUUUCACAUACGAAAGCUCGUUGAAACGUCUGGAGUUGAAGAACGCUUUCAUUUGUUACAACUUAUGAGCUUUUCAACUCAUUUCAAGGGUUUUUAGUUAACUUCCUUAGAAAUGUUAAUUGCAACUACAACAAAAAUAUGCCUUUCCAGAGAAAAAACUAUGUAAUAUUGUGUAUUGUAAUACUCUAAAUAAA